AUGCUGCUUCAAGCCACGCUCCGCUCGCCGCGCACGAGCGCGUACACUGCGCAAGCUCUCCGCUCCUUUUCGACGACCCGCCUCGUUCUGUCCGUCAACAAGCGCGCCACCGCCGAGGAGGCCGUCAAGGCCAUCAAGUCUGGCGACACGAUUCUCUCGGGCGGUUUCGGUCUCUGCGGUAUCCCCGACACGCUGCUGAAGGCGCUCUCUGAGCGCGGCGCCGGCGAGGUGAACAACCUGACGAUCGCGUCGAACAAUGCCGGUGUGGAGGAGAAGGGCCUCGGCCAGCUCGUCAAGGCCGACCAGGUCAAGAAGCUCAUCGUGUCGCACAUCGGCGCGACCAAGCUGAUCGAGAACAAGUACCUCGCGGGCGACAUCGAGGUCGAGCUCACGCCGCAGGGCACGAUUGCCGAGCGCAUCCGUGCCGCUGGCGCCGGCAUUCCCGCCUUCUUCACCCCCACUGGCGCCUCUACCGCUAUCGAGACUGGCGGCGUGCCCUAUCUGAACGCGAAGGACGGCCAGGAGGCCAAGUUCCCCGACCCGCGGCCGACGAUGGAGUUCGACGGGCGCAAGUACGUGAUGGAGCGCGCGCUCAAGGGCGACGUCGCGCUCAUCCACGCGUGGAAGGCGGACGAGGCGGGCAACCUCGUGUUCCGCUACACGGCGACCAACUUCAACGGCCCCAUGUGCAAGGGUGCGAAGCACACGAUUGUCGAGGCCGAGGAGAUCGUGCCGACGGGCACCUUUGACCCGUGCGAGAUCCACGUCCCGGGCGUGUACGUCGACAAGAUCGUGCAGGCCGACCGACCGAAGCAGAUCGAGACGCUCAUUCUCGCCGACGACGGCAAGGACGCCGACGCUUCCCUCGGUUCCGGCGCCGCGAGGAAGGGUCGCGAGAUGAUCGUGAAGCGCGCAGCUCAGGAACUCAAGGACGGCUACUACGUUAACCUGGGCAUUGGUAUGCCGACGCUCCUCACCGCCCACCUGCCCAAGGACCAGAAGGUGUGGCUCCAGUCCGAGAACGGCCUGCUCGGUAUCGGCCCCCCGCCGACUAAGGAGCAGGUCGACCCCGACGUCAUCAACGCGGGCAAAGAGACGAUCACGAUGGCGAAUGGCGCGGCUGUUUUCGACUCGGCCGAGUCUUUCGCCAUGAUCCGUGGCGGACACAUUGACGUCGCCGUCCUCGGCGCCAUGGAGGUCAGCGCGGCCGGAGACCUGGCCAACUGGAUCAUCCCCGGUGCGCUCGUCAAGGGCAUGGGCGGCGCCAUGGACCUCGUGUCUUCCCCCGACCAGACGAAGAUCAUUAUCACUACGGACCAUGUCAAUAAGCGCGGCGAGCCCAAGAUUGUGCAGGAGUGCUCUCUGCCGCUGACCGGCGCGCGCUGCGUCAGCAUGAUCGUGACGGAGCUGGCUGUCUUCGAGGUCGACCGCAAGGCUGGCAAGCUCACGCUGACCGAGCUCAUGCCCGGCGCCACGCUCGAGGAGGUCGUCGCCAAGACGGGCGCCAAGUUCGACGUCUCACCGAACCUCAAGACGGCCCAGAUUGAUUAA